CAGAGACUCGACUCGCGGCUCCGCUUCCUGUACAGCGACUCCAACGCGAGCGACCCGAUCCAAGGAUAUCCGAUAAACCGAUAAACCGAUAAACCUUUUUUUUCCGUGAUUCGUUGUUGUGCUUGAUCAUGAAACUCGCCGGAGUACCCCUAGCUGGCGCUCUGCUAAGCUGCUGCUUCUUCUUGCUGGCAGCUGGCUCUUCUUCUUCGGUGCCUGCUGCUCCUUCCCCAGUGCCGGCUUCCGCUUCCGCUCCAGCCCCCGCUGCCGCUGCCGCUGCAUCUUCCUCCAAGCCAAAGAGAGAUGCGGGCUUGAGUUUCGGCGGAAUACCUAGUUACCACGGCCCCUCCCACAAAUACCUACCGCCCGCCUAUGAGAACCACCUACAUUUUGGCAGCUUCCAUGGAAGUGCCUUGGGCUCCGCUGGCUCCGCUGGCUACUCCGAUUACUCCAGUCACCUGAAGGGGGAGAGCAGUUACGGCCAUCAUUACGGAAGCCACGCCGGAAGCCACGGUUACGCCGCCUCCAGUGGCCACGGAAGACCCCAUCAUUAUAGCACCGGCGGAAGUCCCAAAAUCGAAACCUAUAUCGUCCAGACAAGCGGAUCUUCGAGUUCCGGCCACAACUAUCACGGUCAGAGGCACGGAAUAGGUCACGGAAUCAGUCAUGGAAUUGGUCACGGAAUCAGUCACGGGCCCACCCAUGUAUCCGGCUCCGGACUGGGCUACAAAUAUGCAGCGCCCUCAACUGGCGGCUACCUGAGUCUUCUGGGAAACAACCACAAGACCAGCACCUAUGUGGUGGCUGCCCCCGAGUACUCCUCCAGCAGCAGUCACGGGGAAGGCAGUCACGGAGUUGGCUUCGGAUCGGGUCCGGUUCACAGACCGAGCUACAGUGGCCACUUACCCAGUCACGGCUAUGGCGGCGGCUUUGGCCAUGCCAUCAGCCACCAGAUCAGCCACGAGUCAGCCAGCCACGGACCCAGCCACAGCUUGGAUCACAGCCUGGAGCAUGCGUUGGAACACGGACUCGGCCACGCCCUAGGACUCUCGGGUCACUCGUCUGGAGGGCAGUUUGCUCAGCACCCGUUGCCUCAGCCGGCAGAGGAGCACACCGGCUACUCGUACGAUGCACCCGCCUCGCCCUUUGCCAAGGGAGUGCCCCUGAGCAGCUAUGGUGUGCCGCUCAUCCCCGGCUACGAUCACCAGGAGUCACUGCAGGAGCCGGUGCAGGUGCAGGUCCUCGAGCAGGAGCAGAAGGCAGACCGGGAGCAGGAGAGGGAGACGCCGGUCUAUGCCCUGGGCCACAAGGGAUUGGGCCACUUCACCUACACGGCCAGCAAGCCGCAGGCUCUGCACACCGACGUCCUCAGCUCCGGCCACUCGGGCGCAUCGGGCCACGACCUCGAUCUCUCCAAGACUCCCUUCAAGCCCAGCGCGUUUUUGGGGGCCAAGCACGAGUCCGUGUCCAAUUCCAUCUCCGGCUACGACUACGCCACGCCAAGUUCCCCGUUUCUACAGGCUUCUUCGUCGCCGGGCUACGACUACCCUGCGCCGGCGCAGCUCUACGGACCACCAGGUCACUCCGGGGACUCGGCCACGCCCAUAUUUGAGCCGGAGGCCACGUACCUGCCGCCCGCCAGCAGCUACGGCCCACCGGCCACGUCCUCCCAUGGCUACCACUAAGUUAUUAAACUAGUUUUAAGGUCUAGAGUCUCCUGUAUUUUUUUACCCCUAUCUAUUCGGUACUGUAAGCCACGCUCGACCAAUAAAAGUAAGAACU